AUGAUUGAAUUGAAUUAUGGUGCUGUUCCUACAUCGCGAACUGAUACUUUAGCUAGAGUCUUAGAUUGUGGAGAUGAUAACACAGGUUGUAUCAGUGCAAUAUGUGAACCACAAUUGACUAUCCACGAACCAAUGGAUUUUGGAAGUAGUGUAGGUAUAUUACCUUGUAAAGAUUGCUCUGGGUAUGCUAAUUACUUGUCUCCAAAGAGUCCUGAUGGAAAGGCAGGUUGGUUUUGCUCUUUUUGCAAUGCCUUCAACGAAACCGGAGUUACUCCAGAGAGUGGUUUCUACGUAAAACGUUUAGGUUCUGUUAAUGAUUUGGACCCGUCUAGAACAGUUGUUAUAGUUGAUUUGAAUAGUGAGUUUGAAAAUGACAUCAGUAUCCUAAAAUCACUAGAAUUCGGUACCCCGUUAUCCUUGGCAUUGGUCACUAUAGAAGAUGGUUCUGUAUCAAUACACUGUUCUGACUUUUCCCGUGUAAUUAUUGAUGCGGAAUCUAGUAAAGCCAAUUCAAAGCUGAUGAAAUUGGACUUCAAUUGGUUUAUAGUCAAGUAUGGCUUGGCGUCUUCGAAAUUCUACAUGGAUAACGAAACGUUUGCUUCCAAAUUAACGCAACUGCAGUUCGUUAACAACCCAAAGUCAAAGAAAAGGUGCAAACGGAACACUGCAUUGGCAAUUUUCCUAGCCUCUUGUCUCAAGCCGUCUCGUUCAAUCGCAUUGAUAUUUGGGCCAUGUACCGUGGGUCCUGGUAAAGUGAUCUCAAUGACUAGAAAGAAUCAUAUACGCCAGCAUAGGAACAUUGAAGGAGGUCAAGAUCUUAAAUACUGGAAAGAGGCAAGGAAUUUUUACAAGGGAAUGUCAAGUUCCGCAGAUUUUGUUCAAUGCUCGAUGUUUAUCUGUAGUUUGGAUCAAAUCGGAAUGUGGGAAAUGAAGCCGUGCCUUGCAGAAGUUAUACAAUAUGAGUCCCUAUCUGAUACAAAUUUUAAAUACGACUGGGAAACAUUUAUCAAUAACAAAUCAGAAUAUGGGAUUACUGAAUUGAAAAUAAAAACUUCGAAACGCUUACUGGUCAACGGUGUGUAUGGGCCCGUCGUUGCGAUGAAUAAUUCUGAUAGCAAUGUUUCAGAUACUCCAAAAGGUUGUGCAGGAUCUGCUACUUACGCAUACAAAGGUCCGAAAACCGACAGUCCAUCUAUUCUAAUAUCGCUUUCCGUCGAUACGUCUAGAACAGCUGAUGCAGCAUUGAUGGAAAUGCCGGAUAAAUUCUGUUUGCAGGUCGAGAUAUAUUAUCGACAUAAAUCCAAAUACUAUGUUGCGGUAGAUACAAAAUUCAUACCAAGUGUUAACCUACCAGGAAGUAAUUCACUUACUGAAAACUUCCAUUGGCAAGUUAUGGUUGGCUCUAUAAUGAAACGAAUUGCAUUUGAAGUGUUAUUUAAGGAUAAAAUAUAUGAUUAUAAUAUGAGACGAUGGAUCCUGGAGAUCGUAAAGCUAGUUAAAUCGUUGAAUACAAUACACAUUCCAAACCUAAACCCAUUGAUUAAAAUGACAUACUUUUUGCAAAGGUCAACUCUAUUGCAAAAGAGAAACACAUCGCCGGAUGAAUGGAUUAUAUACCACUGGCUAAUUCUAAACUACCCGUUAUCCCAUAUUUUCAAAAUGGUAAAACCUGACGCCUAUUCAAAGAGUGGCCCGGUAGAAUUUACUUCAGAUAUUGUAAAGUAUAACGAGCCACUCCUGAUCGAUGGUGGUAAUUUCUUGGUCGUCCGUGAUACCCUGGCUGGUGAUGACAGAUUCGAAGAUCUUAGAGAGGCUGCAAUCGCAGAGUACCAUAACGAAAAGCGCUUCCCUAAGCCAUGGUAUCGCGAAACUAAACCAGGUUCUAGUCAGGAUAGAUUUGUUGUAGCUAGGCUAGGACUAUUGUCGGAUCAUACUUUGUUCACUGACGACAUUACAUUGGAUCAAUACGUUGCAACUUUUUACAAGAAGUAA